AAGAGUUCUCAAAAAUAAAUCUCAAACACGAACUACCCAUUAAUAAUUUUAUUGGUGAUGCGACCAAAACACGAUUAAAGUCCAGAAACCCCCCAUCAAAAACAGCCAAGGACCUAAUCAACGCAAACUUUGAUAUGAUGAUGAAAUGGAAAUAAAUGUGGGCAGCUAUGGUAGAGAAUGAUUACAUCCUAGACAACAUAUUACCAGGACAUAUACCCACAGGAUUUGACCUACAGCGCAAUCUAUGGUGUAUAUUUAACCGAAUACGAACUUCGCACGGUAGAUGUGCAGAUUCCUUACACAAAUGGGGCAUGAGAAACUCACCAGAAUGUGACUGUGGAGCAGACAAGCAGACCAUCUACCACAUAGCUUUUGUAUGUCCUAUCUACGCCUAUCGAGGUCUCAGAAUCGACUGCCUCACAACCUCUUCCACAUUUAUUAAAUGA